AUGCCAACAGCCGGGCCUGAGCCUGGGGCCCUGCCCACCCUCUCACUCGACAGGUCUGGGCACAACGCCUACAACCGCGGCGGGGGACGCGGCCUUCGGAAGGGCCAGGAGCCCCGAUGGAAGCGCAGGGAGGGGCCCCAGGGCCCUGGGCCGCCAGGUAACUCAGAGGGGCGACGGCCGUUCCGCGGCCCCCCCGGACGGCGCGAGCCCGUGGAUGAGGGGCGCGAACCCCCCCGCCCCGCCGACUUCUUCGCUGCAUCCAGCUUCGAGGACCUGGGGGCGUCCGAGGACCUGAUCAGGGCGCUGUCCAAGACCGGCGCGGCUGCCUGGAACGCGGUGACGGCCAGCCCCACCUCGGCCUUCCUGCUUGCAGACCAUGCCGGCAGCGGGAAGACGCUGGCCUACCUGCUCCCCCUGGUCCAGAGGCUGAAGGAGGAGGAGCAGCGGCUGGGCCUGGCCGCCGUCACGCGCAGCAACAGCCCCCGCGUCCUCAUCCUGGUCCCCACCACCGAGCUGUGCCGGCAGGUAGUGGGGGUGUGCCGCCGGCUGUCCGGCGCGGGGUUCCCCCUGCGCAUCACGGGCCUGACCACCUCGGCGGGCAAGGACAGCCAGCUGGCGCAGCUGGCGGCGGGCGUGGAUGUGGCGGUGGGCACCCCCGCGCGCGUGGCGGGCAUGCUGGAGGACGGCUCGCUGGGCCUGGCCGCCCUUUCCUGCCUGGUGCUGGACGAGGUGGAUGUGCUGCUGGGCAACACCACCUUCCCCGAGCAGGUGGAGGCCUCGCUGGCGGCGCCUGGGGCCUCAGACGCGGGGCUGGUCGUGGUCACCGCCAGCCUGCCCGGCGACCUGCACGACGCGCUGCUGCGGCGCUGGCCCGGUCUGCGCGCUGUGACCGGCCCGGGCCUGCACCGCCCCGCGGCGGGGGUGGAGGAGCGGCUGCUGGACUGCAGCGGCGGCGAGGAGGUGAGCGAGGAGAGCGGGUUCGCGCGCAAGGCCGACGCGCUGGCGCGGCUGCUGGCCGGCAGCCGCGCCGCGCGCACCAUCGUCUUCUGCAACAAGGUGGAGGGCUGCCGCGCGGUGGAGAACUUCCUCAAGCGGCGCGAGCGGGCCGGCGGCGCGCGCGUGCUGCCCUACCACACCGCCAUCGCGCCGCCGCUGCGCAAGGCCAACCUCCGCGCCUUCCUGGCCGCCCCCGGGGGCGGCGAGGGUGAGGCGCCGCUGGUCCUGCUGGCCACCGACCGGGCCUCGCGCGGCAUCGACUCGGGCCUGGCGGAGCACGUGGUGCUGUUCGACUUCCCGCGGGACCCCUCCGAGUACAUCCGGCGCGUGGGGCGGACGGGGCGGGGCCCAGGCGGCACGGGGCUGGUGUCGGUCCUGGUCCUGGGGAGGCAGGUGAAGCUGGCGCAGGCCAUCAUGAACCGCAAUCGAAAGGGCUUCCCGCUGUAUGACAUUCCGGCGUGA